AUGGCCAAACCCUGCAUCCUCUUCCUCCACGGCUCCGGCACAAACGCCGACAUCUUCCGCCUCCAAAACGCGCACACUCGCCGCUCCUCCUGCUAUCACGUUUCACACUCCCUCUACCCCUCACGCACCCCACGCCAGGGAGCCCGGCCCCCAGGGGUGCCUGCCCGAUCAUCUACGGACUCGACCCCUUCAGCAACGUGGAAAGAACGAUAG